CCUGAAGUUGUACGAUGUGGAUGUGAAAGACGCAGGAAAGUAUUUGUGCAUCGUGAGUUACCUGAACCCAGAAACAGACGAGCAAAUCAGAAACGUUUACAGUCACAGUAUCGAAGUCGUCACGCAGCCAAGCUAUUCGUUGCAAGGGGUAAACCGCUACAAAUUCGACACCUGCGAUGAAACCGGACUGGAAGCCUUGUCUACAUACUUGCCGAGGAAGUUAAACAAGCUACUUUGCAGUAACGGCGAAUGCGACGCUUACGUCGUGGAGCCACGAUGCUCCCAAGGACAGAUAUCGAUCAACACCCUCCUGAUACCGUCUAGCAGCUCAGAGAUUCUCCUGCCAGUUGGUACAGCUGCGAACGAUAUUUCCUGCCGCAGAGCAGUUCAGAAUAAAAUAGCUCUGCUGCUGAGUCGAAACCUGAGGAGUAUUUUGCAGAAGACAAUUGUUUUCAGAUUACCUCAUCGCCACGACAAGCUCACACCGAUCACGAAACGAAAACACGGCUCGAAGACAAAGAGGAGGAAGUCUUCGCCUUCCGGGAAAAAGAGAAAAAGAGAGGCGAUCAAGAAACCCAAAGCACGAGUUGCUCUCCUCAUCGGCUGCCCUGGCGGAUAUGGUUUCAAAAAUACAAAUUGUUAUCCUUGCACUCCUGGUCGUUACAGCGAGGACGGAUCGUUCAGGUGCAAAAGAUGUCCCGUGGGCACUUACCAGUCGGAUCCUGGAGCCCGUUUUUGCAGGGCUUGUACAGACCCCUUCGUAGAGGGAUGUUUUCAAACGCUCUGGCAGCACAACGUAGCGAUUAUGAUGAUCGCAGCAGUCGCAGGGAUCGGAGUGGUCGCGUUGAUAUCGUUUCUGAGUUGCUGUCUGAUACGAGGGCGAAAAGGAUCCUGCGCGAGGUCGGUCGAACUCCCGGCGAAGUAUCAGUUCGGGAAUCUGAGCGUCAGGGCGUUUCCUGUCAAGACAAAGAGCAGCACGAGCUGCGUGGAAGCGGAAAAACUCACCGAGAAGUUGGAGGAAGGAUUGAAGAGGCCAAGGAUCAACCACACGAGAAAAAUUAGUCCAGAAUGUUCCGUAGUAAAAAGAUGCAGGGAAACGGAGGUGCGCAGGACAAAACUGCAAAAAAGCUUUGAUAUUAGGCAUGGAAAAGUUAAGAAGCAGGGCUACGAACCUGUCUGCCAAAUUCUUACCGCAGCUGGCAGCUUGGAAUCUUACAGAUCGCAUUUGGGACGCAGAAAUUUGCACCGGGGAAGAUCGGAUCGCUACGACAGGCAACCGCCCGCCGUUCCAAUGCCAGACUUCGACAGGUGAGGGAAAACUUGAAAGUGACAGAAAAUCACGUUCAGAGAGAGUAAGGAGGCGCCGACUU